CCUUCUUUUGCGUCUUGAACGCUUCGUUGACUUCAGUUUAGCACUGACUGUUUGCGGGGAUAUGCGUGUCACGCGAGAGACAUUGAUUUGCACCGCGAUAGUUACCAAUUUUAGAGGGACACUCAAACGUAACAAAUGAAUGGAUUGUUAAAGAAGUGGAAAUCUGUGCUCCGGUUGAUAAUGUUCAAUUGAAAAUGUUCAAUUUCCAAAGUUGACGGUCGCGAUCAAUCAAUUCUGUGACGUUCGUUCAGUGCCGAUUGUUAAAAUCGACUCGGUUUUUAUUUAAAAAGCUUAUCUAUUAAAGAGACACGUGACACACAGAUGGAGGCAAAAACGGAGCCGCUGACACCGCCGCAGACACCUCCAGCUGUCGAAAAGUCAAGUGUGCGUUAUCAUCAGCUAUCUUCGGGUAAUCAACAUCAUCUUCAGCAGCAGCAGCAGAAUCAUCAGCAGCAACAACCUCAGCAGCUUCAGAACCUGCAGUACAAUACCUCAAGGUGGAUAAGAUCCCAGCAGUUCGGGCGACACCUUCAGCCGCAUAUCCAGCCACAGCAUCAGAACCUCGGAUAUCCGUCUGCUUUGCUGGACAGCUGGUUUAGAUCUGGCGCGGCUCUCCUGGUCAGAGGUUGCUGUCCACCUUCGCCACGUCUGUAUUAUCAUCCUCAGGGUCAUCAAGGGUUGUUCCCCAUGUCACCGCCGCCGCCGUUCUUAGCUCGAAGAACACCCGGCCAGAGACCCAAGAAACAGUUUAUCUGCAAAUACUGCAAUCGGCAGUUCACGAAGAGUUACAACUUGCUGAUCCACGAGAGAACACAUACUGACGAGCGACCGUACUCGUGCGACAUAUGCGGGAAGGCCUUUCGUAGACAGGACCAUUUGCGGGAUCAUCGAUACAUACACAGCAAGGAGAAGCCGUUCAAAUGCGCCGAUUGCGGCAAAGGAUUCUGUCAAAGCAGGACUCUGGCGGUUCACAGGAUUCUGCACAUGGAGGAAUCGCCGCACAAAUGUCCGGUCUGCAAUCGCAGCUUUAAUCAGAGGAGCAAUCUGAAGACGCAUCUUUUGUCGCACACGGAAGUGCCGCGCACGGAAAUGCCGCACUCGGAAGUGCCGCAAGAUCUCAGAAUCGAGGCCUCAGUGUCCUCGGAAUCGCCCGUGUCGUCCACGCAGGUCGAACAGAUCGCGGAUCGAUUGAACAAUCACAUGCACGUUCAAAGAACCGGCAAGACCAUUCCCAAGCUCGGAUUCACUAUAGAAGACAUUAUGAAACGUUGAAGCGGUUUUUGAAUUUGCGUGCGUAAAAACCACACGUUCUUUCUGGAAUUGCUUUUCGGCAGUUUUCUCAUCGAUACGCACGAUUUUUUUUUUUUUUUUUUAAGACAAUUAUUAUUUUUUUUUUAAGACAAUUUUUUAAGACACUUUCAUUCGGCGACUGACAUGUUGACAGAAAACUAUUGUUGGUCGCAAUAAUUUUGUUCAAAAUAAACGAGGUGUUCUCGUCGCGCGAGUUCAAUUUCUCAGAAAUGCAUUCUGGAAUUGCGUAUAUUUAACGAUACGUAAUUGUGGUAGAAUCUACAUAAUCGAGGGAUAAAAUUACAACACUUUGGACUUUAAAACAAAUGCAAAUUGCGACGGGGAUUGCUAAUAUUGACAUUUUUAAUGACAGAGAGGAAAGAUGUGGCUUUAAUUUGAGAUUCUAAUUUGAGCUUUUGCGUAAUACAUCUUGAAGCGUUGUCUUAGACAAAGGCCUGGCGCGCGAAUGGGGUUAUCAAGGAUGCAAUAAAGAAAGAGUAGUAUUAACAGUGUACUGCUUUUUUUUUUUUUUCUAUGUGUCUGUGUUAUGUCCAGCCAAAGAGUUAAUAUUUUCUUAUAAACUUGUAUCUCUCUCUUUCUCUUUAUAUUUCUCUCUCUGUGUGUGCGUGUGUGU